CUCACAUGUUCGUUGUGAGUUUAUCAAGUACCAUACAGAAAUUCUAUGUCAGAGUUCGAAUUCGUUAUCUACCAGUUAUUCAACAACUGGUUUCUCGGCGCUGUCGGGGCGUAAAAUGAAGCUGUUGUGGGGGCGACGGAGCCGCUCUUGGUCUACACCCGGAUCACCAUUAGCAUGCACACUGCCCACACCAUUCACCACAACGACGCCGUCCUACGUCCAUUAGCUUGAGGUUUAGCUACUAGUACUGCCUCAUAUUCGUUCUAAUAUCAAUUCGGUUGCUAGUUCGCAUGUGGGCCGAUUUAUUCCCGGAUUGGGCGCGAUGAGAUUGAUCAGACCACAUUGCUUUUCGAUACUUAAGUAUAUCUCCCCUUCAUCGGUUCAUAGCAUCGUCUCUUCUUUCUCUUCUUCUUCCCUUGACUUGAUUGCAGACAUAAGUGCCUCCUAUGGACACUACCCCGGACAUCUUGAAAGUGUCGAUUCUUGGACGAGAGUCCAUCCACUGUGGUUUCCACUUGAUCCCAUACAUUGCACGUACAGUGCUCACCACACUUCCUGCAUCUGUGUAUGUCCUCGUCACAGACACAAAUGUAGCCCCGUUCUACCUCUCUGCCUUUGAAGAGGCCUUUGGUGCUGAGAUCAAUAAGCUUUCUUCCGUAAAACCACGUUUCCUUAGCCGUGUUAUCUUACCUGGCGAGACGACAAAGUCUCGUGCAGGAAAGGCCGAUAUAGAAGACUUCCUCCUUCUUGAGCGCUGCACUCGUGACACCGUCAUCCUCGCUCUUGGUGGAGGUGUCAUCGGUGAUCUCGUUGGUUUCGUCGCUGCGACCUUCAUGCGUGGCGUGCGCUUUGUCCAGAUUCCUACCACGCUACUUGCAAUGGUGGAUUCCUCCGUAGGCGGCAAAACCGCCAUCGAUACGCCCGCUGGCAAGAACCUCAUCGGCGCGUUCUGGCAACCUGAAUACGUAUUCAUUGACGCUGCCUUCCUCGAGACCCUCCCUGAGCGCGAGUUCAGCAAUGGUAUGGCCGAGGUUGUGAAGACCGCGGCAAUAUGGGACGAAAACGAAUUUACUUCGCUUGAAACUAACGCUCCCCUGAUUUACAGUGCCAUCAGUACGCCUUCCACCGGCUACGCAGGUCGUCACAGUAGUAUCUACGUCAAAGCUCACAUUGUCACCAUCGACGAGCGCGAGACUGGACUCCGCAACCUCGUUAACUUCGGGCACACAAUUGGGCACGCCAUCGAAGCCGUCCUCACGCCACACAUGCUCCACGGAGAGUGCGUCAGUAUCGGUAUGAUAUUUGAGGCGGAAGUCGCUCGGGGGAUGGGCAUAUUGAAACAGGUAGCCGUUGGGAGACUCGUGAGGUGUUUGAGAGCCUAUGGGUUGCCUGUAAGCUUGGCAGAUCAGAGAGUAAGCAGAUGCCCUGGUGCUCGUGACCUUGGCGUCGACAGGCUCCUGGAUAUUAUGCGUGUCGAUAAGAAAAACUCCGGCCCCCAGAAAAAGGUGGUCAUCCUCUCCCGCAUUGGAGCUACGUACGAGCAGAAAGCGACAGCUGUUGCCGAUGCGCUUAUCGCGAAGGUGCUUUCGGAGGCUGUGACUGUCAAGGUUGAUCUCAGUGAUACUUCCCUGGGAACACAACAUGUGAAGAUGGCGACGCCGGGUAGCAAGAGCAUCUCCAAUCGCGCCCUGGUACUGGCUGCACUUGCUCAGGGCACCUGUAGGCUGAAGAACUUAUUGCAUUCGGACGAUACACAAGUGAUGAUGGCAGCAUUGCAGGAACUCAAGGGCGCUUCCUUUGCAUGGGAAGACGGGGGUGAAACGCUAGUGGUCACAGGCGGCGCAGGGGCCCUUCAAGUCCCCACAGCAGGAAAGGACAUUUACCUUGGGAAUGCAGGAACUGCUGCACGUUUCCUCACCACUGUCUGUUCGCUCGUGUCUCCCUCCACCGCUCCCGACGCUGGGAGCGCCACCGUUAUCACAGGCAAUGCUCGCAUGAAACAGAGGCCCAUUGGCCCUCUCGUAGAUGCCCUCCGCGCUAACGGGUCUGAAAUUGCCUACAUCGAAUCCGAGGGCUGCCUGCCACUAAGUAUCGCGCCCAAGGGACUCCAAGGCGGCGUGAUCCGUCUUGCAGCGAGCGUAUCGAGCCAGUACGUAAGCAGCAUUCUCCUCUGUGCGCCGUACGCACGUGAGGAGGUGACUCUCGAACUCGUUGGUGGCGCUGUGAUCUCCCAGCCGUACAUCGACAUGACGAUCGCAAUGAUGCGCACGUUCGGGGUGUCUGUCACGCGCGACCCCGGGACCGACGUGUACCGAAUUCCUCAGGGCAUAUACGUGAAUCCCGCCCAAUAUGCGAUUGAAAGCGACGCGAGUAGCGCGACAUACCCGCUUGCAAUUGCCGCGAUCACAGGCACAACAUGCACGCUCGAGAAUAUCGGGAGCGAAAGUUUGCAGGGUGACGCUCGGUUCGCCGUAGACGUGCUCGCACGCAUGGGAUGCGAGGUGGUGCAGACUGCGAAUGAGACGACUGUCACGGGCCCGAAGAGGGGUGAACUGAAGGCGAUUGGGGAGGUAGAUAUGGAGCCGAUGACUGAUGCGUUUUUGACAGCGUGCGCCCUUGCUGCUGUUGCGCAGGGUGGGGAAGGGAACACGACAAGGAUCAUUGGGAUUGCGAACCAGAGAGUGAAGGAGUGCAAUCGCAUCAGGGCGAUGAUUGAUCAGUUGGCCAAAUUUGGCGUGCAGACCAAAGAACUGGAUGAUGGACUCGAGGUGUAUGGUCGCCCAUUCAACACCCUCAACCGCGGCGUGAGCGUGCACUGCUACGAUGACCAUCGUGUCGCAAUGGCGUUCAGCGUCCUAGGUACCGUCGUACCCGACACAAUCAUCGAGGAGAAGCGCUGCGUCGAGAAGACGUGGCCGAACUGGUGGGAUGAUUUGGAGAACAAGAUCGGCCUUAAAGUUGGGGGCAUCGAGCUUCCACACGCUGAGAGCUCUACCACGGCAUCCUCUGGAACACCCUCCACCGUAGCCUCUGCAUCUGUGAUCCUCAUUGGCAUGCGCGGCUCUGGAAAGACGCAUGUCGGCACACUCGCGAGCACUGCUCUCUCUCGCCCAUUCAUCGACGCAGAUGCUUACUUUGAAUCCAAACACAACAUCGGCGUGCGCGAGUUUGUGCAUGAAAAUGGGUGGCCUGCAUUCCGCGUCGCAGAGACGGAGAAUCUGAAGGAGCUCAUCCAGGAGGCUGGGACGGGACACGUAAUCAGUAUGGGCGGCGGGAUUGUGGAGACGCCCCAAGCCAGGGAUCUGCUAAAGAACUAUGCAAAGACGGGCCCAGUUGUACAUGUCCUGAGGAACAUCGAGGAGAUCGUGGGCUACCUUGGUGAGGAGACUGCACGUCCUGCCUACGGCGAGCCUAUUACCGAGGUAUUCAAACGACGGGAACCGUGGUUCGCUGAAUGCGCCAAUUACGACUUCGUCAAUCACAUAGACGUUCAAGGCGGCGAGGCAACUGAUGCAGAGAUCUCGCGCUUCUUCAAGCACAUUGCGGGGCAGCCGAACCUUGCGGAGAAUGUUGCCGCUGGGAAGCGUAGCUACUUUGUGGCACUCACAUACCCCGAUGUGACGCCCGCUUUGCGACACAUUCCAGACCUUACGACGGGCGUUGAUGCCGUAGAGCUACGUGUGGACCUACUGCGCGCCCCCGAUGCCUUGGGUGCUAUCCCGUCGCAGACUUAUGUUGCUGCGCAGGUCGCUGCGCUACGCCGGGCAACGAGUCUCCCGAUAGUGUUCACUGUACGCACGAUAGCCCAGGGCGGUGCGUUCCCGGACAACGCAGAGAGGGACGCUUUUGAGCUCCUUGGGCUUGCGCUGCGGCUUGGGGUGGAGUACGUUGACGUGGAGAUCUCUGCAACUGAGAAGCUUAUUAAAGCACUCGCCGCUCGCAAGGGAUUCUCGCAAAUUAUCGCGUCGUGGCACGACUGGAGCGGCAAGAUGAAGUGGAACGAGGAUGUAGUGAGAAGCAAGUACGCGCUUGCGAGCCAACUCGGGGACAUUGUCAAGAUUGUUGGAAAGGCGGACACGUUGCAGGAUAACUUUGCGCUGUAUGACUUCGUUGCGAAGGCAAAUGCGCAGCCGGGUGCGAAACCGAUCAUCGCGAUCAACAUGGGUGUGGAGGGUCAGAUGUCACGUAUUCUGAAUACGACUCUGAGCCCGGUGACGCACCCACUCCUCCCCUCGAAGGCGGCACCCGGCCAGCUCUCCUUUGCGCAGAUUCAAAAAGCGCUGAACCUACUUGGCCAGCUUCCUGCAAGACGCUACUUCCUGUUCGGAAAUCCCAUUGCUCACUCCAUGUCCCCGACUCUGCACAACACUGGAUUCGAGGUCCUUGGGCUUCCUCAUAGUUAUGGGCUUCUCGAGACAGCUAACGUUGGUGAAGAAAUCAAAGCUACCUUAGCUGCACCUGACUUUGGAGGUGCUUCUGUUACCAUUCCCUUCAAACUCGACGUCAUACCCCUGCUUGACAAGCUUUCGCCAGCCGCUGAAGCCAUCGGGGCCGUCAAUACCAUCAUACCGGUCAUCGAAGGGGGAAACCGCAUUCUCUACGGAGACAAUACCGACUGGCUCGGCAUUCGUGAAUCCAUCCGCUCCCGUGCGCCAUCCAUUGGUGCGCCUGCUGCCGCCCUCGUUAUUGGCGCAGGAGGGACCGCAAGAGCCGCCAUCUUUGCGCUUCAGUCCCUCGGGGCUCAGCGUAUCUACCUGUUCAACCGGACUGCAAGUAAGGCGCAGGCGCUCGUCAAUGCUUUCCCCGAUGCCCCCGUCAAACUGAUCGAGACGCUUGAUGUCUGGCCUGCUGAGGGGCCUGCACCGACCGUCAUCGUGUCUACCGUCCCAGCGAGUGCGACAACCACCGACGAUACUAGCACUGGCGCUGUACUCCUUCCGCUGGCGUUGUUUGACGCGACUGCGAAUGGUGUGGUUGUGGACAUGGCAUACAAACCUGCCGAGACGCCUCUGCUCAUGCUCGCGAAGAGUGCAGCGCCCAAGUGGGCGAGGGUUAUUGGGGUUGAGGUGCUCCUUGAGCAGGGCUAUGUGCAAUUUGAAACCUGGACGGAACGCAGGUGCCCAAAGCAUAUCGUGUCGAAGUGUGUGUUGGAGAAAUAUUUUGCAACUGCCUAGGUGGAUCGAAGCCCGUGUUUGGGUACUAAAAGUUGUUGAUGAGUCUUGAUAUUAAUAUUUGUUGUAUGAUCUAGAUUGUUAUCGUUGUCGUUUACUCCUUUUCUCCUCCCCCGGUCUGUUCCAAUGUUCAGAAUUUCUACAUCUCUCCUCCACUGUCAAAUAUUGGUCCUACGUCGAUGUACGAUUGUAUGUUAUAGGCAUCGUGGUAGUUAUACUUGAUCUCAAGCUCGUCGCGUUUCUUACCAGCACCCUCCAUGAAUAUUCGAGGUUUGAAGAACACCAUCAUGGCAAGUUUCUGCAGUUAAGCGUAUUUCGUGGAUUUUCAAAGGCCUGUCUAGGGUAGAAGAAUAUGACAUGAUGCAUUGUAUGAUGCAUGGCAAUGGUGCACUGCCC